AUGCAGCUCCUUACGCUGGCUGUUAUCAUCGUCCUCCUGCCCGGCCUGGCUGUCAAGCCUGUCGUCGCGUACAGCGUGAAUGUCAAUGUCACCUCGGACGUCGCCGAAACAAGCCGCACCGCUCCGAUGGCCCUGUUUCCCCUGGCUCUGGCCCUAGCCACUCCGGCCGUAGCCAUAGCCCUGGGGGCCCUCAAACCCGUCCUCCUGGCCAUGGGACUGAUCUACCUGGCCUUGUACGGCCUCACCUACGUUCCAGUGGUGGGCGAUCUACUGCAAUUCAGCUUCCGUGCUUUCGGAGCGGCCGUCACCGACUCCAUGUCGCCGGGCGUGGGCCGAGACCUGCUUCGCGUCGUGGGCCUGGACACCGAGGCCUGCCGCACCCGGGCCAUCUGCGAGGUCACCGCGGACGCGGUUCGCAAGUACCCCACGGUCGCGGCCAUGCUGUGGUCCCUGACCGGUGCCGUUCAAGCCCACGCGAACAACGACGUCCUCCAGAAGGGGCUGCUCGGCGGGCUGUCCGGUCUCGGGUGCGAGUCGCUCUACUCGACGUGCUCUCAGUCCCCGUUCGAGAGGCUCAUGAGGACGAUGAAGUCGUAG